CGUGAUCGCGGAGCUCUCCGGCCAGCCAGUGGCGGUCCGGACGUUCGUCGUGUGUCAUCUUCACGAAUGUGCACGUCCCGCGCAACGAUCACGUGUCUCACGAUCGAGUUUAUAACAUCGAGCGCGAUCAACACGCGCCCGCGAGUUUUUUUUUUCAUACAAAAAUAUUAUACAAUAUUAUUAUAACCAUCGUCGUCGUUUAUAUUUUAUAUCGUUUUAUUUUCUUUUAUACUUACGCACACGCGCCGUGAUUCCGUCGUUGCAGUAUCUACGUAAACGCGAACACACGCACAUGAUAAUAUAUUAUUUAUCAUUUUUUUCUCGAAUACGUUGUAAAAUCGAACUUGUGUGCGGUGUCUCGAUGUGCAUUUUAUUUUCUUCUCAAGUAUAAUAUCACAUUUUAUAUGAUACGAGAUUAAUACUUAACGCGUUGUGACUUACCACAGUAUUCUCGACGAUGUACGGCGGCCGUCGUGAAGUUUCGACCGUGUGUUCUCAAAAAUCGCACGUUUUCUGCUGUCGUCGGAUUCGUGUCGUCAAUAAAUAACAGAAAAGAAAACUAAGGUUUCAGCAGGUCACCACCGUGUUUGUGCGCGUGCGUCGUUUUGCGGUGAUUGAACGUUCGUUCGAUUAGCUGCACGAAUGACUAUGGCUGAGGUAGAAAUGGAGCCGCCGACAGACAGGGCGAGCCGGUCGACGAUCUAUAAGACCAACAAUAACCAUCCGCUGGCCACGAACAACAACAACCAUCUGCACCACGUUCCCAGCGCGCGUCCGGUGGUCGUCAAACACAAAAAACGGAAACGCCUGAACCAAGUGUUGGACAGGUUAGCGGGACAGGCGACUUCGCCCAACAACAACAAUAACAACAGUAGUAAUCAUAACAACAACAACAACAAUAACAACAACAACAUCGAAGUCGUCGCCGUGAAAGAAGAGGAGCCGACGAUCAAAGAAGACGAUGGAUCGGUAACGGCCAUGGUGGUUGUGGAUAGCAGCGGCCACGUAUCGAACGGCGUCGGGUACGAAAGCGACGAGUCGCUGCGGAGGUCGUCGUGCAAAGACAGUUACGAGGAACCGUUCAGCCCGGCCGGGUCGUCGUCGUGCAAUCGGUCGCCGCGUAGCUCACACACCGACUCGCCGUUCAGUCCGAACCGGACGAGGCCGGACGACCCGCCGGCGACGCAUCUACCCGCGCAACCGCUGCAGCAACAGUUUCACCCGCCGCCACCGCUACCGCCGCACCCGCUUCAUCACUAUCUCAAGUACCCGAAGUGCGACUGCCUGUUCUGCGGCGGCGACGGCACCUCACCGCCCCGACAUCCGUUACCACCUAUGCUGCCUCCCGCAUCGCAGCAGCAGCACCACCACCUGAACCGGAACAUGCACCAUGACAAGAACCCGCAGCAGCCACCCGUCACGCCCAUGUCUCCGGCAUCGCUGUUGGCCGGUUCCAUGUACACAUUCGAACACUACCUGCACACCAAGUACCUGCCCGACAUAUUCCGGAAGCGGCGGAGCCAUUCCGAUUCCGAUGUUCCUAUGUGGUUCGAAGCGACCAAAGCCGAACACUGCAACAGCGGCGGCGGCAGUAACGACGACUCGACCGCGUCGACGGCCGCGGCUGUCCGGUUGACCACGUCGUCCGGGACCGGGACCGGGACCGGCAGCCGGAGAGGUAAGAGGCCGUUUUCGGUGCCGCAUCCGUUGGACAAGCCGGCGCGGAAGAGGGGCCCGUCCGCCGGCUGUAGGUCGUCCGCAAAUCCGACGCCGCAACCGCCGCAAGACUCGCCGCUCGACCUGUCCAUGAAGAACGGAUUUUGGCCGUUCACCGCUCCCGAACCGCCGGCGGCCGAACCGUCAAUCACCACGGUCGCGAACGCCGCGACGACGCCGUCACCUCCGCUCCCGGCCACCGCCUCGUCCACUGCUACUCCUACGACGUCGGUCGUGUCGGUCGGCUACUACAGCCGGCCCGGCAGCGCGGGCGGUUACACCGUGCCGGUAGUCAAGGGCGACGUGGCGUCGCGCACCACCAAGGCCUCGGUGGCCGUCCGAUACAACCUGGAAGUGUCGCCCGUCGUCGAGGAGAUGCCCGUCGGCUCGGACGUGGCGUACGUGUGCCCGGUGUGCGGCCAGAUGUUCAGCCUACACGAUCGGCUGGCCAAACACAUGGCAUCCCGACACAAGACCUCGGCGUCGGCGUCGUCGUCGUCGGCCGGCACCGGGACCGCGGCGUCCUCGUCGACGGAAAACGGCGGCGGCGGCGACUCGUCCGGCGGCGCGGCCAAGGCGUACCCGUGCGAGGUGUGCAAUCGGUCGUUUGCGCGCAGUGACAUGCUCACCCGACACAUGCGGCUCCACACCGGCGUCAAGCCGUACACGUGUCGCGUGUGCGGUCAAGUGUUCUCGCGGUCCGACCACCUGAGCACACACCAGCGCACGCACACCGGCGAAAAACCGUACAAGUGUCCGCAGUGUCCGUACGCCGCGUGCCGCCGGGACAUGAUCACCCGGCACAUGCGCACCCACUCCCGGUACGAGAUGGUCUCGUCGUCGUCGGCGUCCGGUGCCGCGGCCAUGGCGGCCGCGCUCGGCCUGGACCCGCCGUCGCCCACCUCGCCCACCGGCGGCCAACUGUUGCUGUCGCCCCCGCUAGAGGUCCUCUGUAAGUCCGAACCGCAGUAGCAGCGGUGUCUGCGCAUCGUGCGGACGGUCUUCAUAUUAUUAUAACGUUAACGUCAAUUUUGUAAUAAUAUUUUAAUAGUAAAUAUAAAAUAUGUUUAUAAUAUUAUUUAUUUAAAUUUGUAUAUCGUAUUAGCUGAUAAUAUUAUUAUUAUUAUUUGUAUAAUGUACAUAUAAUUUUAAGAACGAUACACACACACACUCACACACACACAUACACACUACAACAGUGCGUGCGCACACAGCUUUUUGUCAAAACCAAAGAUAAAAUAAUACUAAGUCUAUGCGCAUGUACUAUAUGUCGUAUUUGAUCGUUCGUUUUCCUGAACGGUUAAAUUUUUUCGUAUAGGUAAGUCAAUAUGUGUAUUGAUUGUAAUAAUAUAUAAUAUAUAAUCGUAAUACUUUAUUAUUAUGUUGUUAUUAUUAUUAUUAUUAUUAAUAUUAUGUAUACAUUUUUUUUUCGUUUCGCCGUCGACAUACGACUCCAACUUGUACUACUUACCGUGCCUCGCACGUCACAACAAAGUGUUUCGUCCGCGGAAUAUUUUUCGUGUACAACAUAAAUUUUUGUUUCGUACACCGACAAUCAUCGUUGUCGCGUAGUCUUCGUAUAUUAUCAACACGAACGUCGUCAUAUAUUUUUUCUACUCUAAUUAUUUUUCAAAUACCUAAGUGUAAACAGGGUGUGUGAUACUAUUAUUUUGUAUAUUAUUAUGUAUUUUGUACUGCGACGUGCCAUCCUACGUAAGUUUGUUUUUUAUUACCAUUUUUUUUUUUCGUUUUUUGUACCAUUGUUAUCGUCGCGAGAUUUGCUGGCUUGGUUUUCGAUAUACUCUGGUCGUCCAGCUACACUCAUCCGUCAUUAUCCGUAUAAUGUUGGUAUUGUUUUUUUUUUUUUUUUUUUUGUUACUUUGCGCCGAAGCGAAUAUUUGCUCAAAUUUAUAACAAUAUCAAUAUAUCAAUACAAUAUCACCCUAUAUAUACCUGAUUACGGGAAAUAACGUUUCGCGAUUAACGGGAAAAAAAAAUUAUCGAUAUACGAAGCGACUGUUAUUAUUAUUAUUAUUAUUAUUAAUUUUUUUUUUUUUAAUGAAACGUGCUCGCUAGUUGUUCGGUAAAAAACCAAACUUUUUUUUACGUACACGUUCUUUUUGACUAUCAUCUCAAUAAAAGUUAGCCGGAUGAAUAAUAUAAAAAAGAUGAACAUUUUUUAUUAUGGAAACCACAUAUCUUUCGAAAUUAUUUUCUCUCUAAACGAUUAUCGCCAGUAUAUAACGUCAUAUCAUAAAUAUUAUAUACAGACGAUUGAAUUAUUAUUAAUGUCAAAUACUAUUUUUAUUGUAAUAUUAUAUUAUAUUAUAUUAUACAAAACGUGUAUUAUGUGAUAGAAACGAAAUGUUAAAACCGUCGCGAGAUUGUUAAACGGAAAACGGUAAAACAGGGACAUAAUAUUAUUUUUAUUUGUAUGAAACAUACCUAUUUAUAUAUAUUUAUAAUAUAAACCGUAUUUAUUUCUAUUCAAACCGUAAAUAAUAUUUGAAAACUGUAAUUUUUUUUAUCGCAAUAGUGAACAACGCAAAAAGAUUGUCCGUGAAAAAAACUAAUUAUAAAUUUUAUAUUUUUCCAUUACAAUGUGUAACACUAUAUUUAUAUACCUAUGAAUAUAAUAUAUUUAUAUAAUACUAUAUGUAACGUACGCGACGCACCUGUAAACGAUUUUUUUAUUUUCGAAUAUGUACUGCUACAGCGUAGUAUAGUAAGUGUCGUCCUAUAUCCGUGUAUGUCUAUUUUUAUUUUUACUAAAAUGCGACGUGCGAAACUUGCUGUCGUCGUUAUAAUGUUAAGCUUUGCUCAAGUCCAUGUUUUAAGAAAAGACCAACAGAAAUCGUAAGAAUUACAACGCAAUGUUGUUUUUUCAUCGGUUUUUUGAUAUUUUUUUUUUUUAAUGAACAAUUUUUUUGCAUAUCUUUGUACCAUCGUAAAAUCAUUACUCGUUUAUAAUAUUAUGUCUGUGUCGCUCUGUGUUUGUUUACGCGAGACGAAAUUGAAAAAAACAAUUCUAUUAAAUAUAUUUAUAAGA